CUGGGCGAGAGCUGUCAGGGAGGGAGAGAUCGGAGUCUCCGCGGAACGGGCAGAAUACACAACCGAGCACUGUUGGACUUUGGAUUGCUUCGCACCAGGAUAUUGAUAUCGAGCAUUUUUUUAUUGCUCUGUCCGAAUUGAGACAUUUGUUAAGUUCAAUAAUACUGCGUCGUUGGUGCAUGUGCAUUUGAACAUUUACAGUUUGCAUCUACCCCCUAAACCCGUGCCCAAUGCCGAGGAAUGGAUAGUGUGUCUGAGAAAGGUGGAAAGAUGGUCGAGAGUGAUGAGCAGUCGGAGAGGGAAAGUGUCGGUGGCGCAGCGAUGGCAGCUCUACACCAAUGCGAACUCAUCCAGAACAUGAUUGAAAUCUCCAUAUCCAGUUUACAGGGGCUCCGGACGAAAUGCGCCGCGUCCAACGACCUCACACAGCAAGAGAUACGUACUUUAGAGGUGAAGCUGAUGAAGUACAUUUGUAAGCAGCUGCAGUGUAAGCAGAAAGUGCCGGAGACGGAGAGGCCUCAGGCCUUGGACAGCUACCCACGGCUGGGGGACUGGCUGCGCACCGUCAACCUGAGAACUGAGCUCAUAGAGUCGGUGCCGGUGAAGCUGUCCUUGGAUGCCUUGCUGCAGAUGCCAGGUUCUCACGUGCGGGAGACCAUGAGGAGACUGGGCUCCAGUUUAGAGGAGUGUUCCAGGCUCAGCGCUGCCCUCUCCUGCCUGAAGAGCGCCACUGAAUCAGAUGGAGAGCUAAGAGAGGAUGGGGGGCCCUGGUUCUCUGAGCCCACCCGGCGAGAAAGUGGCUCUCUGCUGCUGCCUCCCGACCAGCUGUUGGGAGGGAUGGGGGGUCCAAUGCGCCCCCACAGCCCCUCUCCUCUAGCUCGGCCCCCCACCACCCCAUCCACUCCCUCCACCCCCUGCUCCGCCUGUGCCCAUCCCCGGUCCUUCUCUGUGUCUACAAUGCCUGGUCCCGAUGCCCACGGGGCAUACGUUUACGCUGACACCCCCUUCACAGACCCCCUCUCUGCCGCCCGCCAGGGGCGACUCCACGGGCACACCUCCACCCCGCCCCUCACCCCGCCCUCCAAGAGACGCCACAGGCUGAAACCCCCCUGCACCCCACCGCCCCCCUCCCGCAAGGUGCUGCACCUUCUGCCCAACAUCACCCUGACCCGCAGCAAGAGCCACGAGUCCCAGCUGGGGAACCGCAUCGAGGAGCCGCCAACCAACAAGUGUGCAAAGAAGAAUAAGUUGUUCCUCAACGUUCAGAUCAAUGGGAAUGGCUGUGAGGACUCACCCUCCCGUUCCCCCCACCGGUCUGCCCGCACCCCUGGGGUUUCCACCCCCGCCCCCGCCCCCUACACCCUACCUGGUACCCCUACCCUGAUGGAGGAGCAUUCAUCCCACCUCAAGAAUAACAUAGGGUUGCACCGUGGCUCCCCACAGGCAGUGAGGAGAGACAUAGGCCUGGCCGUCACUCACAGAUUUUCCACCAAGUCGUGGCUGUCCCAGACAUGUCAGGUCUGUCAGAAGAACAUGAUGUUUGGUGUGAAGUGUAAACACUGCAGGUUAAAGUGCCAUAACAAGUGUACUAAAGAAGCUCCCUCCUGCAGAAUCUCUUUCCUGCCAAUCACCAAAAUACGGAGGACUGAGUCUGUGCCGUCUGACAUCAACAACCCUGUGGACCGGCCAUUAGAGACACCACAGUUUGGCACACUGCCAAAGGCCAUCACCAAAAAGUGAUCACCCCCUGCGCUGAACCAGUUGGACUCCAGUAGUAACCCAUCCUCCACCACCUCCUCCACACCCUCCUCCCCUGCCCCUUUCCAGAACCCUCCCAGUGCCACCCCGCCCCCCAACUCCUCGCCCAAGGUCCACCGGGACAACCGCUUCCACUUCCCGGCUGCCUGCUACUUUCAGCAUAGACAGCAGUUUAUCUUCCCUGAUGUGUCCAGUUCUUCUACGUUGCACUCUGAAGCCCUCCAUGACACAGUUGAGACUGAACCAGCAGAUGACAUACACUUUGAACUGGCCGAGGAUGAGGACGGAGAGGAGGAAGAGGAGGAGGUGGUUGAACCUGAGAUCGACCCAGACCCAGUAGUGGAGGAGGAAGAUGAGGAGGAAGAUGAUGAUGAGGAAGAUGAAGAUGGGGGUGGGAGUGAGAUGAAUGGGGGUUCGGAUGGUGAGUGUGAUGGUGAUGAGUUGGAUGACCUGCCCAACUCAAGGGGAGGUCGCUGGAAAGGCCCCAUCUCACGUAAGGCCAGCCAGACCAGUGUCUACUUGCAGGAGUGGGACAUCCCCUUCGAACAGCUGGACCUGGGAGAGCUCAUUGGGAAGGGCCGUUGGGGCAAGGUGCAUAAGGGCCGUUGGCAUGGGGAGGUGGCCAUCAGGCUGCUGGAGAUAGAUGGGAACAACCAGGACCACCUGAAGCUGUUUAAGAAGGAGGUGAUGAACUACAGACAGACCCGUCAUGAGAACGUGGUCCUCUUCAUGGGGGCCUGCAUGGCCCCGCCCCACCUCGCCAUCAUCACCAGUUUCUGUAAAGGGAGGACAUUAUACUCUGUCGUUCGAGACACCAAAAACACACUGGAUAUAAACAAGACGAGGCAAAUUGCUCAAGAAAUUGUAAAGGGAAUGGGCUAUCUGCAUGCCAAAGGCAUUGUCCACAAGGACUUGAAGUCGAAGAACGUCUUUCAUGACACCAAUAAAGUGAUUAUUACAGACUUUGGUCUGUUUGGAAUCUCUGGAGUGGUUCAGGAGGGGAGGCGAGACAAUGAGCUGAAGCUUCCACAUGGCUGGAUCUGUUACCUGGCGCCAGAGAUCGUACGCAGGAUGAGCCCUGGAAACAAUGAGGACCGCCUGCCAUUCUCCAACGCUGCAGACGUCUACGCCUUUGGCACCAUUUGGUACGAGCUCCAAGCCAGGGACUGGCCUAUCACCAACCAGCCUGUGGAGGCUACCAUCUGGCAGGUGGGGAGUGGUGAGGGCAUCAAGAAGGUCCUGGCAGAGAUCAGCCUGGGAAAGGAGGUCACGGAGAUCCUGUCUGCCUGCUGGGCCUAUGACCUGAGGGAGCGGCCCACCUUCACCCAGCUGGCUGACAUGCUGGAGAAGCUGCCCAAACUCAACCGGAGACUGUCCCACCCUGGACACUUCUGGAAGUCUGCAGAUUCACAGGUGUCAGCAUGCAAUGGGACCUUCCUCUCAUCAUCUCACUACCCACUGGAAAUGGAAUUAUGUUGGUUAUUUAUGACUGAAGGUAUGUGAUGAUGAAGUGAGUGCCCUGAUUAUUAAAAGGCAUAAGAGGGCGCCACAGAGAAGCAAGAGAUGCCUUCUAUCAGCCUGUGAGUGGUGUAGAGGUAGACCAUUCAAGUUGUUUAGUAGUCAUUUACAGUGCAAAAAUAAUAGAACAAGAGCCUGGCGCAAAAGUAUCCGCUAAUUUACUCCUUAAACAUGACCUUUUGUGCGUGCUUCUGUGUAUUAUGUUUGUGAUUGCUUGCCUCAGUUGGUGUGCCUGUAUUUGUGUUUGUGAGUGUAUGUGCGAGUGAGUGUGUUGUAUUGGAACAUGCAGGGUUGAUUUAGUGAAAGACUGCAGUAAAUGUUAUGUUGACGAUAUCAGUGCUAUCUAAGAUAGACAUGUAUACACAUUAUUUAAUGUACAGCUAAUUAACACCAUUGUAAUAUUUGUACAAACAUUUUAUAUGUACUAUACAUCAUUGCAUUUUUAAAUAGGUACUGCCCCCCUAUUACAGAUGUAUAUAUCUUUAUAUUUUUUAAUGUACAAAAUACUGUAAAAAUACUGUACAUUUUUUUUAAAAUGUUUUUUUUAUGUCAUGUAAAAAUUCAUAUUUUUGUAUUGCAUGUGGCUACCAUUCUGUAAACACAGUUUCUGUUUUCAUCCUUGAAAGAAAAUAAAAUGAAGCUUGUCAUGUGAAAAUGUAUGUUUGAGCUGAAUUUAAUAAAGUAUGCUAUGGACA